UCUGGUUACUGGAGGCUCCUCGACAUCUGCUGCCCGGUUAACAACAGUGCGCGCUCCCGCGUCUCGAGCCCGCGCCUCCUGUCCUCUUCUCUGGACCACCGAGCUUCUCUUGUAUUUUUCACGUGCGGGGCGAUCAUGAGGCGCAACUGUACAUGUGUCGUCCACGCUUCCCGGCUCUAGCUUACCUCGCCGAGGACGCGCCUCCUGCUCCUGCUCCAUCCUGUCCUGUGCGCCUGCCCGAGCGCGGCAUCGUCGAGAGGAACACUUGUGUUUUUGUCUGCGCGCUCCUCAGGCUGCUGACUGCUGGGGACUUUGCAGCUUUGCAUCCUGUCUUUGCUCCGGGAGAGGACAACCGAGGGCGGAUGUACACAGCAGACGUGGGUUUUUGUUAGAAGAUCUGAGAGCAUGGAGUCUGUGGAGAAGGAGUGUGGAGCGCUUGGUGGAUUAUUCCAAGCUAUCGUCAACGACAUGAAGAGCUCUUACCCAGUGUGGGAAGACUUCAGUGCCAAGGCCACAAAACUGCAUUCUCAACUCAGGACCACAAUUUUGGCAGCCGUGGCCUUUUUAGAUGCUUUUCAGAAGGUAGCAGACAUGGCUACCAACUCAAGAGGUGCCACCAGGGAUAUUGGCUCAGCUCUGACUAGAAUGUGCAUGCGACAUCGCAGCAUUGAGGCUAAAUUACGCCACUUUACCAAUGCUCUAAUGGAAGGCCUGGUCGUGCCACUCCAGGACAGAAUAGAAGAAUGGAAGAAGACGGCGAAUCAGCUGGACAAGGAUCAUGCCAAAGAAUAUAAGCGGUCUCGGCAGGAAAUUAAACGUAAGUCGCUGGAUACCAUCAAACUUCAGAAAAAGGCCAGAAAAGGGCGGGGUAACCUGCGCCCACAGCUGGACAGCGCCAUGCAGGAUGUCAGCGACCUGUACCUGCUCAUGGAAGAGACGGAGAAGCAGGCCGUGCGCCGAGCCCUGCUAGAAGAGAGAGGGCGCUAUUGUGCAUUCAUUAAUCUGCUGCAGCCUGUUGUGAAUGUUGAGAUUGCCAUGCUGGGAGAGACAACACACUUACAGGCCAUUGUUGAUGACCUCACGGUGCUAACCGAGGACCCGCACAAACUCCCUCCAGCCAGUGAACAGGUGAUCCGGGACCUAAAAGGCUCAGAUUUUGCCUGGUCGUAUCAGACACCUCCCUCCUCCCCCAGCAGCAUCAGCUCUAGAAAGAGCAGCAUGUGCAGUCUUCUCCAGAUGCCCUCUGCAGGAGCGCAUCGACUCAGCAGCGUCUCCUCUCACGACUCAGGAUUUGUCUCCCAGGACGCCAACACCCACUCCAAACCACCGUCCCCCAUGCCCUCGGACAUCACCAGCCAGAAAUCAACAAGCUCAGCCUCCUCUGAGGCGUCAGAAACCUGCCAGUCUGUCAGCGAGUGCAACUCCCCCACGGCGUUUGGCUCAUGCUCAUCCUUCGGCACCUUCCGCCCUGCUUUCUCUCACACUGGCGCCAUCAGGCCUCUGUCUGUCAUACUUCCUGUGUCCCCUGCAUUUAACCACUCCCCUGGAUCCAACACCCCCUCUCCCACAUCAAAGGUUCCUAGCUGGAAGGAGUGGGCCAAAACAAACCAGUGUGAGCCGUCAUUGGCCAGCACUUUGCAGCGCAGGAGGGAGUCGCUGGAUAAGAUGAGAGAGCCGGAAGCGCCACCCAGUCCAAAGGGCUAUGGGAUGCAGGCAGACGACACACACAGAGCAAGAGUUGGCCCGGGAGUCAUUGCAGCAAAGCACGGGGAGGCUCUGUCACCAGCAGCCAGUACUCUCGCCAUGGUUUUGACCAGAGGCUUAAGUAUGGAGCAGCAGAAAAGCAGCAGAGAUUCACUCCAGUAUUCCAGUGGCUACAGCACCCAGACCAACACCCCCUCCUGCUCUGAGGACACCAUCCCCUCCCAAGGCUCUGAUUAUGAGUGCUACUCUCUUAACGGCGAUGCAGACACGGAAGCACAGACAGAGUUUGACAAGUCUUCCACCAUCCCGCGCCACAGCAACAUUGCCCAAAGCUACCGCCGCAUGAUCCAAACAAAGAGGCCUGCCAGCACAGCAGGCCUCCCUGCGGGUAAGACCUUGCAGGGUGCCACCAACGGCGCCGGGGGAGCGAUUUCUUCCGGAACGGCCACAAUUCGGCGGACGCCGUCCUCCAAAACUGGGGUGAGACGCACACCUUCCACAUCGGGGCCCAUUCCCAUCCGGCCCCCCAUUGUACCAGUAAAAACCCCAACGGUGCCCGACUCUCCGGGGUACGCCAGCCCAUCCCAGCAUCGUGCGGGUAGCGAAGAGUCUCUCUACCCGGAUGAUCCGUUCACGAGUGAAUACAUGAAGGUGUCUCCUCAGCAGAGGAGCCUCCCUGACACAGCUUGGGCCUGUGCAGACAGGACUGCUUACGCCCAACAGGCCCCCGGCGUGGCCGCCCACAGUGCCGAGGAAGACCCCCUGCUGGCCGCCAACCGCCACAGCCUGGUGGAGAAGAUCGGAGAGCUGGCAGCCAGCGCCCAUGCCCUCGGUGAGGGUCAGUUCCCCUUUCCCAGCUCAUCAUCAGGGAAUUCUCCUCAGUGUACGCCGCGUCAGGAGCCGUCGUCAGAGCCCCUGGAGGGGCUGGACAUGCUGGUCACCAUACGGCGGGGCGUGAAGCUCCGCAAGACGGUGACUGAUGACAGGUCGGCUCCCAGGAUCCUGCGGUAGCUGAGGAAGUAGGCUGCGUUGCCCUUAUGUACAAAUCAAUACGACAGCACUCGUGUAAUACAUCAACUAAAGCUGAAUGAAGAUCAUUUGACAGAACAAUGAGUGACUUUCAUCAUUUCAUGUGUGUGUUACAUAACCCAUUCUUUUGGUAUGAUUUGUUGUUUUUGUCUGUGAGCCUUGUGGCUGUUGAGCUCUGCUUCCGAUCUCAUCCCCACCCCCAUUUUGCAUUUUGUUCCUGCAGCUCCAGUGAUCACAAAUCCUCACUGAUUCAUGGAAAGCUCUGCGUCUCUUCCCUCUCGCUCUUACGAUUCAUAUAAUAUUCUUUUCUACCAACAAGCCAUCCCACAGUCAAAGUGCUGCGCGAGCCCCUCCGUUUGUAGCAUUUCUCAUCUUUAGUGCACAAGUACCAUUAUUACUGUUUUGUUUCAUAAACUGAGCAGCAGCUGGGUGAUUCCCGUAUAAUAGGAGCAAUAUGGCAGUGUUUUUAUCGCUGUACUGUACUGUACUGUCAAUAUAGCCCGCAAUUAAACAAGCUUUUUCAUGUUAGUGGUGUGAUUGUCUUUGGCAGAAAAUGCAAAAUCCAUGACAUUCAAUAGAGAAUUUCCACUCUUAGACAUUUUGUUACAUUGUAAAAAUAUUAUGAUGAAGUUCCAGCUAUAGAUUUUGCAGUGAUUUUUAUUAGUCCGGUGUUCUAUGUGAUUUUUACGCCCGAGGUAAAAGUACCAGAAUAGUCGCUGUGAUUGUCUGCUGGUCUGACGGCUUCCUUCAAGGGGUGUCCAGACGCUUUCUACCGAGGGCCACAUGCUGGAAAAAAAAAACAAAGGAUACGAGGGGCCACU